AUGGUUGUGACGGCUGCAAAUGAACAUGAAAGUAAAGGUCCUACGAUCUUGGCAGUCCUCUGGACUCUAACAUCGUUGACUUUUCUAAUUGUCACUGCCCGAGUCUUUAUUCGCUUGAGGAUGCUCAAAAUGUUUGGUAUUGAUGACUACUUGAUUGUGGUUGCCAUGGCUCUUGGUAUAGCCUAUUGUGGUGCCACGACAGCUUCAGUCGUAGCGGGGUUCGGUCAACAUCAAGUUAUUGUUCUACAAGAUCCUAGUCUUGACUUGUCAAUGGCGAUGCUUCUAAACAACAUAUCGUUCCUUCUUGGGAUCCUCUCAUUUACGAUUCCGAAAAUCGCAGUGACGGCUAUGAUCACAAGGAUUUUCAACCCAGGAUUGAUACAAAAGAUCAUUCUGUGGACCUUGGUCUCCGUGGCGGCGGCGGUUUCGUGUAUUUGCAUUAUCAUUCUUUUCACCAUGUGCGACCCUCCCCGCGCACUAUGGACGCCAGAACUAGUACAAUCGGGUCAAGCGACAUGCAAAAGUACCUGGAUGUUGAUUGACUACGCAAUUUUUACAGGAGGUAAACUUCCACCACUACCCGCUCUCGAUGCCCAGACCAUUAAUGGGUUUAUAGCUGUUUCGGCCACUGUCGACCUUUAUCUUGCCCUUUACCCCAUGGUUGUCCUCAUGAAAUUGCAGAUGUCUCUGCGUAAAAGGAUUGCCCUAUCCGCUGCCCUGGGUCUAGGUGCCAUAGCCGCGGCCAUGGCUAUUGUGAAAUGCACUCAGCUGCACGGGCUUGCAGACAAAUCUGACUAUACAUAUGGCACCGCCGAUUUGAUCCUUUGGACCAAUAUAGAAGCCAACGUGGUCACCAUCGCUUCGUGCAUCCCGACGUUACAACCACUACUCGAAAUUAUCCUCGGAAAACGGUCUCUCAGCUCCUACAGCAACGGUCACAGUGGAGGUUAUAAAGGCAGCAAGACACAAUGGAACGCCACCCACGAGCGAAGCAAAAGGUCAAUCCCCAAGAAGGAUGAUUUGGCUAUUACCAAUGUGGAAAGCCAAGAAAGUAUCUUGCGGGCAGAUAACGACAAGGAUACUCCGGGACCCGAAGGCAGGAAUGACUUUCCCAUGAGCGCCAUUCGUCGAACGGACAACUUUACUGUUGAGUACAAUACACAGUCUCAUACUGGAGACGAAAGGACGGGUUCAUGGUAG